GUUGAAAACAAAACGCCAGAUGAAAAGUGAUUCCAUGCCCAUUCUGAAUGAAUUCCUAGUCGCUCCGAAGAGGCCGUCUCCAGUGUCUCACAGGAACGGAAGGAAUCGGUGUCUAGGUUCUUGUGAACUGGCUCUGCAGAGCUGGUGACUCCAGGAUGAGUUCCAAUUACUCGGCUACUUUGAUGUCGAAGAUCGACGACUUCCAAUUCCCGUUCUGCGACGACAUCAAUAAAUAUGACAAAAUCACAAAGAUUGGACAGGGCACUUUUGGUGAGGUGUUCAAAGCCAGACAUAGACAGACCAACAAGUUGGUUGCUUUGAAAAAAGUUCUCAUGGACAAUGAGAAGGAAGGCUUCCCAAUAACUGCGUUGAGGGAGAUCAGAAUACUCCAACUGUUGAAAAAUGAAAACGUGGUGAACCUUAUUGAGAUCUGCAGAACGAAAGCGAAUUCCGCGAAUCAAUGCAAAGCUACUUUCUAUCUCGUCUUUGAUUUUUGUGAGCAUGAUCUGGCUGGUUUAUUGAGCAACGUGAACGUCAAGUUUUCGGCCGGUGAGAUAAAGAAGAUAAUGCAACAGCUACUUAAUGGACUAUUCUUCAUCCAUGAGAACAAAAUCUUGCACCGGGACAUGAAAGCGGCAAAUAUCCUUAUAACGAAGAAUGGUGUCUUGAAGCUUGCCGACUUCGGUUUAGCUCGAGCAUUCAGCCAGCCAAAGAAAGAUCAACCUAACAGGUAUACAAAUCGAGUGGUAACGCUCUGGUAUCGUCCUCCGGAGCUGCUGCUCGGUGAGCGGAAUUAUACAUCAGCCGUCGAUAUGUGGGGAGCAGGAUGCAUAAUGGCCGAGUUGUGGACAAGGACGCCCAUUAUGCAGGGAUCCUCGGAGCAAACUCAAUUAACUUACAUAGUGCAACUGUGCGGAUCAAUCAGUACAAAGGUGUGGCCGGGUGUCGAGAAAUUGGAUCUUUACCCGAAGCUCAAUCUACCCAAAGAUCAGAAGCGGAAAGUUCGGCCGCGGCUCGCCAUGUACAUAAAAGACGCACUCGCCCUGGACUUGGUGGACAAAUUGUUGACCUUGAAUCCGGCUGAUAGGAUAGAUGCCGACAACGCUCUGAAUCACGACUUUUUCUGGACGGAUCCCAUGCCAUGUGACUUGGCGAACACGUUGUCCACAAUCGAUAGGUCGAUGUUCGAAUUCCUAGCGCAGAAAAAUCGCCGGCAACACAUGCAACAACCACAGCAUGGUCAUCAACAGCGGCCUCAGCAACCUCACCAGAACAACGACGGACAAUAUCAGGAUAGAGUUUUUUGA